UUCUAUACGUUUAAUAUGAGCACAAUCCCCCCAGCGCCGCCUCCGCCGCCACCACCUCCUCCACCAGCACCGCCACUGAGACUAGAUAUAUCACCAAGUCCCCCGACAAGUUACGCAAAUAGACAUCUUCCUUAUUUAGAUAUUUGCAAUUGGGACACAAAGUAUCCACAACUUUGGGAAGCCUGUGCUAAAUUCAACAUUUGCUUGGAUGAAGCCCCUUAUAAAUAUAGCUACAGGGCUUUUGAGUCAAUAAUACAAGUGGGGCCAACGUGUGGGCUUGUAGCCCUUUCCAUGUUAAUGAAUGGAGAAGUACCACCAGACGAAAUCUUGACCAUAGCGAGACACGAGGGCUUUACUUGCCAGGGCGAAAUGUUUAGCUGCAAGAACCUCGUAAAUUUAGCCGAAAAAGUGAUAAGUUUAGCCGAGGUCAAUCUGCAAUGUAGUUUAAGAUUUGGAGGUCUGUUUAGUGAGGAAAUUGUGGAGAAACUGUUGAAUGGCGCUGCUUUGUUAGUACCUUAUGACGCAGACUGCAACCACUCGCCGUGUCUUCGGAAGGGGCACACAGCCCACUGGGCACUUAUUUGCGGCGUCAUCAUCAUCAAAAAUCCAGACAACUCGUACACUAGUGAUCCUAACAAUGUGUACGUACUAGCAUUACAUGGCAAGUCAAGAUAUCUAGCUGCAUGGAGGCUAUAUGAUUUAGAAAAAAGUAACAAAAAUCUAAUAGAAUUUUCGCCGAACAAAGAGUCAGAUGGACUGCAAUAUGCUUUGCCUGAGGAUGGUAUUGGUGGAGAAAAUGGCUUGAGAGACCAGUUUUUAAUCUUUGAAAAUUUUGAACGAUUUUAAUGGCCUAGACAUUAGUUAAAAUGGGUUUUUAACCGACUAACGCUAAAUAGUAUAUAGGGAAGAGUAGGGUAAUAGUUUUAAGCAGGUCAUUGUACUUGUUGGGGCUUGGUUUUGUUAGAAUAUAUACCAUAGUUGUGAAAUUUUAAGAAUUUUAAGAAAAUGUUUUCUAUCGCUCAAUCAUUAAGAUAAGCAUCAAAAUAGCGGACUGUAUCAAUGGGGUUCGGGUGGGUGCUGACUGACCCUCACUCUAAACCUCUUGGUUAUGCAGGAAGGGCACUAUAACCUGUACGAGCAGCCCGCACAGGGACCUUCUGACCCCAGAUCAGCCCGUUUGCGCGGACUUCAACCAGUUCUCAAAAUGCUGCCUUAGGUGAGCCGCUCCGGGUGCACAUCCAGCACCCUCACUAUUUUCCAAAUAGGUAUCGGAGCUGUAGGCACGCUCACUUCCCGUUGCGCUCUCCGCAACUAACGGUAAGCAAGACCAGCUCCCAUACCUUUUCUACAUAAGUUUUGAUUAUAGUGACCCUCCCUAUCAACCUCUUGGUUAUGCGGGAAGGGUACUAUAACCUUAUAAGUUCAAAUUCUGACCCCAAACCAGCCAGUGUAGAGGGUUGUCACAGACCGUUGUCACUGACUUCAUCCGGUUCUAAAGAGGCUAAUGCCUCGGGUGAGCCGCCCCAGUGCACGUACAGUUUACCACCUUACCUAUUUCUGCCGCCAAGAAGUAAUGUCAGCUUUACCGUGUUCCGGUUUUGAAGGGUAAGGGUGCUGGUGAAAUUACAGACACAUGACACUUGUCAACUUAUGUCUGAGAGUGACGCGCGCAUUGCAGUGCCCUUCAAUUUUUUUGCGAUUUAAAGCUCUGAGUGACAAUGCAACUGUUAUGGACAGGUUACCACAAGGCGCACGACUUGUUGUCCGGAGAGACUACGGGCUCCCCGGCAAGACCUAGGAACAGCGGGCGUCCGGGCCAAGCCCUCCGUCAGUGAUACGCCUUGACGGGCGUAUCCUGUAUAGUGGCGAACUAGGGGAUAUUUCAAUAAAACUUGGCAAAUAGAUGUAUACGUAUUUUCUCAAUUCCACAAUUUAAAUCUACAACAGUAUUUGAUUUCGUGUGUGAUGCUAUAUGAUGUUAAGCUUUAUCGUGAAUAAGACACUAAGCUUUCCAUUGACUUAAGUAAUUAUUUAAUUUCUUUUGCUCUAUUUGUACCAACACAAAAUUUGUAAUUUAUAAUUAAUUGACAGAAACUUUCAAAACAUGCUGUACGUACACGCUCCUGGUUGGCAUUCUGGUCCAAAUCUAGUUUUAAGCA